UCAAUGGAUUUUAGAUUCUCUGAUCGUCUUCUUUCGAAUUUCCUUCCAAGCCUUAUCCCUUCCAAAAACAAUAUAGUUUUUAAAACUCUGCCAACUAGAAAAACUGUCCUUACAAACCCAGCCAUGUAGAAACCAUGGAAGAAACCCUCCAUUUCUGCUACAACAAUGGCGUCCGAACUCUUCUCAAACCCUAUUUUCCCUCCUCACACCUCCAUUUCCCCUCAAUUUCCCGAGUAAGACCCCUCUCUUCCUCCAUCCUCUCCUCCAAGACUUCCAUCUCCCUCCCCAAGAAACCCUCCAAAACCUCCAAAUUUCAUCCCCUAACCCCUCACCCGCAACAUGACCUUCCCCCUGAACCUCACUCCGAACCCCAAACCGACCCAAACUGUCAGUUUCGAGAGAAGAUGCUCUACUUGGAGUCCAUCGGCAUCGACCUCUUCUCCCUCGUUGACGGUUACCCUCCUAUCGUUUCGUCAUCGCUGGACAAUAUCAAAUCCACCGUGGAUUACAUGCGGUCAAUGGGAUUCACUCCUAUCGAGUUCCGCCGAAUCUGCGGCAUGUGCCCGGAGAUUCUCAGUUCCCGGGUCACCGAGAUCGCCCCCGUCUUCGCCUUCCUCCUUAGAGAGGUCAAUGUCAAGGCCUCCAAUCUUCGUAGAGUCAUAAAUCGACGACCCAGAUUACUCGCCUGCGACGUUGAGAAGCGGCUCCGUCCGACGCUCUACUUUCUGCAGAGAAUCGGAAUUGAAGAGGUCGAUAAGCACACCUCCCUGCUGUCGUGCAGCGUCGAGGAGAAAUUCAUCCCGAGGAUCGAGUGCUUGGAGAGAAUUGGGUUUUCGUACCGAGACGCCAUUUCGAUGGUGAGGAGGUUUCCGCAGAUGUUCUGUUACAGCAUUAAGGAUAAUUUGGAGCCGAAAUUCGAUUACUUUGUGAUGGAGAUGGGGAGGGAUUUGAAGGAACUGAAGGAGUUUCCACAGUAUUUCUCGUUUAGUUUGGAGAAUAGGAUAAAGCCGAGGCACCGAGCUUGUGUAGAGAAAGGCGUGUGCUUUCCUCUUCAUGUAAUGUUAAAGACGAGCGAAAAGCAGUUUCGUGAUAAGUUAGAGGUAUCUUUGUUACCUAUUGACCAAAACUUUGAUGACUGCUCUCUAAGAAAUCCCUGGAAAUUCAGGGAUAGGUGCCACAUUUAGAGGAGGUAAUGAAGCAACCAUUUGAGUUUUCAGGCUCAUCUAGAUUUGGCUCUUUGGUUAGAGACGAGAUUUUAGCAUUUUUUCAGGAAUUGAGCUCAUGCAUCCAAUGCACUUCACAGAUGCAUUAUCAUAAGUUCUUAACAAAAAAAAAAAAACAGAUAGAGCUCUUGUUGUAGCCAUGGAGAUUUGAGGCUCCAUAGGAGGAAAUAGAUCACUUGGAGAUGGUACAGUGGCACUAUUUGGAGGAGUCCAAGCAGCACGAGAGCCUGGUUGAAAAGAAUUGUGUAUUUGAAUCAGAGAUGCUUUGAAUCUUACACAGGCUUAUUCCCUAGACCAUAUCUUUGGUAAUCCAUGAUGAAAUUAAGGCCAAAUCUAAAUGAAAAGAAUUGUGGCACUAUUUGGAGGAGUCCAAGCAGCACGAGAGCCUGGUUGAAAAGAAUUGUGUAUUUGAAUCARAGAUGCUUUGAAUCUUACACAGGCUUAUUCCCUAGACCAUAUCUUUGGUAAUCCAUGAUGAAAUUAAGGCCAAAUCUAAAUGAAAAGAAUUGUGGCACUAUUUGGAGGAGUCCAAGCAGCACGAGAGCCUGGUUGAAAAGAAUUGUGUAUUUGAAUCARAGAUGCUUUGAAUCUUACACAGGCUUAUUCCCUAGACCAUAUCUUUGGUAAUCCAUGAUGAAAUUAAGGCCAAAUCUAAAUGAAAAGAAUUGUGGCACUAUUUGGAGGAGUCCAAGCAGCACGAGAGCCUGGUUGAAAAGAAUUGUGUAUUUGAAUCARAGAUGCUUUGAAUCUUACACAGGCUUAUUCCCUAGACCAUAUCUUUGGUAAUCCAUGAUGAAAUUAAG